UAGGGCGUGGCGGAGGAGACCAGAAGACCGCCCAAAGAACCCCCAAAACCUCGUCCGCCCCAACUUGCCGCCGCCUUCCACCACCGUAGCCCCGCCGCCGUUUCCCGUAGCUUGCUCUAAGCCGGCGCGCGGACGCCUUCAAUCCUCCUCUAGCACCGGCCCGUUGUCCCGACCCACUGGACUCUACUUCGGCGCCGGCACGGUCGCCGUCUCCGCGUGCCCUCCAUGAACCUAUCAGAGGACUGGCGCUUCGUCUUCCCCGUCUCCUCCGUCUUCGCGCCGCCGUCCUUCGCCCCAUCCGCAGCAGCCUCGCGCGGCCCCCUCCUCUUCUCCCCUGCCCCGUCGCGCACCCCGCUGCUCUCCCUCCCCUUCCCCUUCCCUCCGCCCCUCACUGACGCCUCCACCACCAGUGGCCUCCGCCACGCCCUCCGCUCCUUCGUCGACUCCACCUCCUUCCUCCCCUCCUCCGACCUCGACUCCCUCUCGGAAUACCUCCUCGCCGCGCCGUCGACGCCGUUCCCGGCGCCUUCCAAUCUGCUCGCCGCCCUCCGCGCCCGCUCCUCUGGCUCUCUCAUCCUCUUCUUUCCGUACGGCGAGAACGCGGACAAGGUUGCACUCAAGCCCGUGGACUUACCCCUUGCGACGACCACCACGCCCGUCUCGCUGCUCUUCGUUCAGAGUGAUGGGUUCAUGCACCCUGGGCACCGCAUACAGCAGCUUGCUGCCAUUCCUGCUCGGUCGUCCUGGUCACCGGAGCCAGAUCACAGCUGUGACGAGGGCUUCCUGCUUGCUGCUACGUUGUACUCAGUCAGUUGGUUCUGCGUCAAGACUCAAGACUCAGGUUCCCACAUGCUCGUGCCGGUGGCCAAGCAGGGGUUUGACGCUGCUGUCGUGCAUGCGUGCUGGAACAAGCAUUUGCCAUCACAAUGCGCCGUGCUGCUGGAGAGCGGGGAAUUGUGUUGGUUUGAUCUGGAUACACGGUGUGGAGGCAAGACGAGACUUGGUUUUGGGACCGAUGAUGAUGAUUGUGGUCACUGGCUGAGCUGUGUCUAUGGGGCGCAACCGUGGGUGGUAAUUAUCGCAAGCACAAAGGCUGUCCUCUUGGUUGAUUUGAGGUCCGUGGAUAGUGGUGAAUACAAGGUUAUAGCAAAAGUUGGGUUGCCAGGGUUGUUUGAAACUGAUCCUUUUGUCAGGACUGAGCAUUAUCUUGCAUUCUGCAAGGCUGGAUUUGAUGAAUUUCAUAUAUCCCUGGUAACAGAGCGUCACUUAAUUCUCCUUGAUGUAAGACAGCCGUUGACACCUGUAUUGGCUUGGCAGCAUGGGCUUGAGAGCCCAAAUCAUGUUACUAUGUUUCGGCUAUCUGAACUUAGGCCUUUGGAGGAUUAUGAAUGGGCUUCAAAUUCAGGUUUUGCCAUUUUGGUUGGUUCAUUCUCGAACGGGGAGUGCGGCUUGUUCUGUUAUGGGCCUAAGGAGCAAGGUUGUCCAGAAAAUUCUCAUCUAUAUGCUUGGGAUACUCCUUCGUGGCUUUCUCUGACAGGUCAGUGUUACUGCAGCAAUAGAAUCAUGAAAGAGGUAUUCUCAACGCCUGCUUCAGGAUAUGGCAACUAUGCUUCCCAGCACAAUGCGGACUCCAUUGUUGGCUACUAUGUGCUUCCAAAUGACCUCUCGAUGUUGGAGGCAACGUCUGUCGGAUUUACUUUGGUCCGGCUGACAGCAUCCAGAAAGCUAGAAAUGCAACAGUAUCUUGCAUUCAGAGAUUUGCAUGAUGACACCCCAUGUGAUGAAUCAGGACAUGCAUCCAGAAAUAUUACUUCAUCCCUUUCUCUUAACACUGAGGAAGAAAAUUUCUCAACAAGAUAUAGAUUCCUGAAGCUGCAUUUCCUAUCUGAACAUCUAAAGGGCAAGCUGUGCAGUGCAUUGGCGAAGCAUGAUACUAGUGUUAACAAACAGAGUGGGCGAUUAGUCAUUAGUGAAGAUGUAUCAGCAUUUGCAGAGGAUAACUCUAAAUUCAGUUCGCGACCAGUUUCAGAUUUUCUAUGUAAUGCUAGUGUCCCCAUGAGCAUUUUCGAAAUUGCAUGUCAAAGCAUAUUGAACAGCCUACCUUCAAAUAUCCUUCAGGUCACCUUUUCUCAAUACAAGGACAUGCUAUCAUGUACGAAAGAAGGCUUGUUAGAAUAUUUAGAAGUUCCUAGCUGCCCGCCAAGUAAUAAACCUCGACCUUUCCUGUUAGCAAAACCAUCAAGCACAGGUGAGAAGCUGACUAGCAAAGUGUUAACUCAAAAUGCUUUUGUUGGACCGGUGCUCCCUUUACAUGUCCUACUUGCAAUGGAACUGAUGAGCAAGGGCAUAGGCAGCCUCUCAGAAGGAGAAACUGCAGAAACUGACUUGUUAAGCCAACAAACUAGUGAAAUUCUUGAUGCCUUUGUUCCUGAAAUAUCCAUUGCUGAUGCAGACAACUGUGAUGGAUGGUCAGCUCCACAAAAGUUGAAUGACAAGAAAUCAUAUUUUGUUUACGAGCCUCAGAUUGAAAAUAAAUUCACUCAUGAUGAAACUGCUAGAAAGAAGGAAAAAGAAAAGCAAAAGGUAGGGGGUGAUGCAUGUUUUCAAACGUCUGCAGCACCAUACAAAGAUGAAAACUUCAUGAAAUUUGUUUGUGGAAAAGUUGUGAGUCCUGAUUCUGGAUCUGAACAACCCAUGUCUGAUUUGUUUGAUUUCAGCCCAGUGAGGAUGGAUUUUGAUUCCACAGACAUAAACAUUCAGCCUGCCGAGGCAAGAAUAUACAAAUGCUUGAAGAAGCAGUUUUUGACAUGGCAAAACAAUUUCAAGCCAUACCAAGAUUUCUGUAGCUCCCAUGAAAUACAAAAGCUGCCAUAAUGGCCUUCCAUGCUCUGUUCGACUCUAGCAGGUGUUGUAUAUUUCUAUGCAAUUAGCAUGCAAUUUUUUGAGAAAAGGCAUACUGGUAAUUUCCGCUCUCAGGUACCUGACCUGGCCUGAUAGGAUUCUCUAAAAAAAGGUACUUGGCCUGACAUCGUCAUUCUGUGCUGUUUGCCUUUGGGACAUUUUGUAUGCAUAUUCAUGUAUUAAGGUGACGAUGCCAUAGUGUUGGGAGUGAGAUGUGGUAGGCUGACCUGCACUAGAAUUUAAAAAGGUGUUAGGAUUUGAAGAAUAUUGUUCAAAUUAUAUACAUUGGCAUACCGUUAAGUUUUCUGUCAUGUUAUUUUAUACA